UAUAAUUGUUUGAUUGAAAUGCAUCAAUCCAAUACAAUUUUUUUUUUCAUUAUGUGAAAAGUAUUUUUCACGCGGCUGAACAUGACACGGAAUUCUGAUAUUUUAUUUGUGACGGAAUAUAUAGAAAAUGUAUUAUAUUUUGCUACAGUAAGACAAGGAAAAAUUUUAAAAAGUACCAGUGAUACACACUUUUUUUCAAUUGAUAACGAAUUGGUAUACGAAAACUAUUAUGGGGAUUUUGGGCCUUUAAAUUUGGGGUGUGUGUACAAGUACUGUAAAGCUCUUGAUGAAAAGUUAAAAUUAUAUUUAAAUAAACAAUGUAUUGUGCAUUAUACGUCCGUGGAUCCUAAGAAGAAGGCCAACGCUGCGUUUCUCUUAGGAUGUUACGGGAUGUUAUAUUUAGGUUUACAACCGAAAGAUGCUAUAAAACCGUUAAUGGUUCAUGGACAAUCUUAUAGACCAUUUCAAGAUGCAACGCAAGGUGAAUCUAUGUUCACUAUUACGUUAAUGGAUUGUCUGCAAGGCUUCGCAAAGGCACGUGACUUAAGAUUUUUUAACUUCCAAGACUUCAAUUAUGAUGAAUAUGAAAGAUGGGAUAGAGUUCACGGCGGUGAUCUUAACUGGAUAGUUCCAGGAAAGUUUUUAGCAUUUAUUGGACCUGUGGAGUACAGUGGAUAUUUUUAUCACCCACCUGAAAUUUACAUUAGUUAUUUUCUUGAAAGUAAUGUAAAAGUUGUCGUUAGACUAAACAAGAAACUUUACGACGCUAAAGUUUUCACCGAUGCUGGUAUAGAACACUGCAAUUUAUUUUUUCCUGACGGAUCGUGUCCACCGCAACACAUUUUAUUUAAAUUCUUACAACUAAGUGAAGAGAUUGACGGUGCCAUUGCUGUACAUUGCAAGGCAGGUCUUGGUCGCACUGGUUCACUUAUAGGAUGUUAUUUGAUCAAACACUAUCGUAUGACUGCUCAUGAAGCUAUAGCAUGGAUGCGAAUAUGCAGGCCAGGCUCAGUUAUCGGACAUCAGCAGAGAUGGCUUGAGGAAUUGGAAGCAUGGUUAAUAAAACAAGGGAAUUUGUACAGGAAACGAGCUUAUCAGGAUGUGGAUAAGUUGCCGGUACAUGAAUUUGGCAUCUACUCUAUUGCUGAGAUAACUCGUAGAUAUAGGCCAGUGGUGUUGAGCAAAUCACCGUCACCGCCACCUCCAAUGCAAAGAUUGACCCACUCGGAAAUGUCUCCGGUACGACCGCAAGCUUCCAGAAUAAGAGAAGUUCCUCGUAAAACAGCCGAAAAGAACCAGAUCGAAUGCAACGAGAAGGUGACUAUAGAACAGAAUAAAAAAAGAGGAACAUCAAGCGACCGUAGUCGUACGGGAUCGAGAAGUGGAACUGGUGCUGGUGAACCACGUAAUACUAGAUCAUCUCGAUGCAAUAUUCCAAAAUUACAAGGGAGAUGUAACAUUCAAACAAACGAUAAAAGAAAGACUACCGAGGGAUCUUUUCCCAACACGCUUCGUAUGUCCCAAGCUCCCAUCGUACGAACUUUUAGAGAUGCCAGUAACAUUUUAAUGCGUAGUUCAGUAGCCAAUGAGCAAAGAAUGAAAGAAUUGAAUUCUUCUAUUACGGUCAAACCGCAAUACAACUUUAGAGGAUCAAAUGUUUUCACUGAACGCUUAAUUAAUAAUGUUGCCAAUAUUCAAAAAAAUAUACCUUCAGGCUUCACUUCAGUAUCUAAAGCACCAAAUCAAACACAAUAUCGCCGCCGUCUUGGUCGAAGUCCAAGUCCGGCUCCAAGAACAGUGAUGGAACAGUCUCGUGCUACCAAUACACCUCCUCAGUUAGCAAAAUUUUCAGCUCGAAAUUCAAAGCUAACAAUACAGGAGGCACUCUCAAAGCUAAAAUUGUCAGUCCCUCGAGAUGCAUCUAUCGGGGCCGCUUCGUUGGGAGCUCAGCGUGAUGCUCCUGCUGGCCGUAAAGCGCCCUCCGUCCGUUCGGACGAGAGACCGCUCGCUACACAGGGUGACAUGUUGAACAGCAUUAAGUUCCAAAGACGGCUGAGGGAGAGUUUAAUGAUAGAAAGACAUGGAACUAAAUUGAAUGAUAAAAAUAGCCCAAACCCUAAGGAGAAGCCGUGUCGUCAUGUUAACUCUAAGACUAAUAAUAAUGGUACGAAACCGGGAGUUAAUCAAGAGCUUAGAGACAAGACAGUGACGAAUAUUGCAAGACUUUUCCCCAACAAUCCCCGUCCGAGUUCACCCAAAGGCAGGCGGUCACCCCAGCCGGCGUUUUAUUAAUUUGAAGUUUUGAAGCAUCUUUGAAAUGUUCUUGUAUUGUGAAAUUACGU